AUGUCUCCAACCCAAUUGCCUUCCUCAGAGUUAGAGCAUCUCAAGCUGACGCAAGUCUCCAAAGAUGCCUUGGCAAAAGCACACUCCUCAUACACCCACCGCAAUCCAACCUCUCUCCACGCCCACCAAUUAGCCUGCCAAUGCCAGCCAGGUGGUAACACAAGGACUGUCCUCCAUGCCAACCCUUUCCCCCUAAACUUCGCCUGGGGCAAUGGAUGUACCCUCAACUCCCUUGACGGUCACACCUACACCGACUUCCUUGGCGAAUAUACUGCCGGGAUCUUCGGACACAACGAUGCUACCAUCCGUGCAGCAAUCGACGAGGCUCUUACUCGAGGAUGGAGCCUUGGUGGGAAUAAUAUGUAUGAGAAGAGGCUUGCCAAAUUGGUCUGCGAGCGAUUCACGCCUACAAUGGAGCUCGUAAGGUUUACCAAUUCUGGCACCGAGGCGAACAUGAUGGCUGUCGCUACCGCAAUGGCAUGGACGGGUCGAACAAAGAUCCUAGUCUUUCGAGGCGGGUACCAUGGAGCUACUCUUUCAUUCCGCAACCCGCUAGAAGGAUCCGCGACAAAGAGCGUCAAUCUACCUCAUGAGUGGGUGGUUGGUACAUACAAUGAUAUCGCUCGGACCGCAGAGGUCCUCUCGGCCCUCCCACCAAAAAGCUUGGCUGUCAUCCUGGUGGAACCAAUGCUAGGUAACGCAGGUGCGAUCCCAGGCUCUCUUCCAUUCCUACAAUACCUUAGGUUCUACGCUUCCUCCCACGAUGCUCUCCUCAUCUUCGACGAAGUCAUGACUAGUCGCCUUUCCUAUCGCGGAUUGGGUCAUAAAUUAGGCAUUCAGCCUGACCUCAUGACCCUGGGCAAAUGGGUUGGGGGAGGGAUGAGCUUCGGAGCGUUUGGGGGAAGGCGGGAUAUCAUGGAGAUGUAUGAUCCCCGUAAGAGUGGAGGUCUGGCGCAUGCCGGGACUUUCAACAAUAAUGUCAUUAGCAUGGCUGCUGGAUGUGCGGGAUGUGAAGUUUUGGAUGAGGAAACUACUAAUCGUCUGAAUGAUCUGGGGGAACGGUUGAAGGAGAUGGUGACGGAUGUCAUUGAGAAGCGUUUGUAUGGCGAUGUACCUCAUACGGAUGGUGCCGAUGAAGGAUCCUUGAAAGGUAAUGCGACUUCACUUUGGCCCAGCGAGAAUGCUUUCUAA